AUUAGGGUUUUCAGAGUUGCAGUGUUCCUUCACUUUUUCAUCAACACUUCUAAUAAUGCGUUUCCAAUAACCAAAUCUCUAAUAGCAUCGUGAUUUCCCCAAUCUUUCGUUACCAUAAUUGUUGCAAUCAAUAACUUCAUCCCACACGUGACAAUGGCUUAUGUUGAUGAGGAUGGUACUUCUGGCUCUGGAGAUGAAUUGAGUAUGUUGGAUGGACAUAAACCUCACCCUGUUGUUGUUCGAUCUGGUUCCGGUGGCCGGAAGCGAAGCAGGAAGGUUACCGGUGACGCGAUUGUUGAUGCUAUGUUGGAGAUAGCAGCUGCUUCGAAGAUGAGAGCAUCUGUGAUUUUGAAGAAUGAGGAGAGGUUCUGUAUAAGUAAGUGUAUUAAGGUGUUGGAUGAGUUGCAGAGAGUUGAUGAACGGGUUUAUUUUCGUGCUUUGGAUUUGUUUGAGAAUAGUUCUGGUGCCCGCGAGACUUUCGUCUCUCUUAAGGGUGAAAAAAGAUUGCCGUGGUUGCAAGGAAAGUGUGGUGUUCCCUUUAGUUGAGAUUGUUAAUGAAAUCCUUUGUUUAUCAUGUUGAAUAGGUCUGUACAGUUAAGAAUAUUGAAAGGGAAUUGUUAAUUGUGUAUAUAGAUUUGAAAUUUUUGAAUGGUAAUGGAGUAAUUUGCCCUUUUCAUAAUGCCAAAUCUGUUGCUUGGAUUGCUGUUUUAUGAGAUACUGUAUCAUGAAUGACAUUGUUUCUUGCACUAUUGGUAUUCGUCGAGGUUCAUCUUUACAGAUACACUGGUCAGGGAAACAUCUGCUGCUGGCUGCAAUCAUGGAGUUGCCAGCUGACACAUUUGAGCUGCAGACUAUACUAUCUACCUUGGCUGGUCUGCUUCAGACUCACAAUCGCUAAUCAAGAUUCUAUGGUCCAAUGAAUGAUGACCAAGAUCUGACUUUCCCUUAAAUUCCUAAAGAUUUCACAUGCUGCAAUGACUGAAGAUAUUGUUUUGGAUUGCAUAGAUUUUGUGGGUAAAUCUCUACAUUGAAAUGUAUCAAGGUUGCUUUGGUUAAAUUUGUAAUGUAUCAGUAUCAAUGUUCAUUACCUUGCAGUGCUGUAUUACAUAACUGCUGUCAUAGGUUCCUCAGUUUGUUUUUCUUUUUACUAUGUGUAGUUAAACCUCAAAAUUAUGGGUAGAUUUUGUAUUUGAUAAUGCAUAUUCUUUAAUGUGUUUCUUUUACAUUAUACACCAGAGGUUCUUGUAU